UCGUGAGAAACGCUCGAGAAAAUAAUGGCAGAAGAAGCACCUGCACCAGCUGCGCCUCCCGUAGCGGUAAAAGCGCCCAAACAGAAGAAGAAGCGGCCGUCAGGCAAGAAGUCAGCCGGCUCCGGGCUGUCCGAGAUGAUCCUUGUUGCGGUGGGCGACUCUAAGGAGCGCGCAGGGCUGUCGGUCUCAGCGAUCAAGAAGAUCCUGGCCUCCAACGGCGUGGACGUGCAAGCCGCGAACAAGCGCAUCAACGGAGUCAUCAAGAGGCUGGUGGCCAAAAACGCCCUAAUCCAGACCAAGGGCACCGGCGCGUCCGGCUCCUUUAAGAUCGCCAAGAAGGAAGUAAAAUCCAGCAAGCCUGCCCGGAGUCCGAGGAAGAAGAGGCCCGCAGAGAAGAAGACAGAUGACAAGAAGAAGAAACCAGCUGCGAAGAAGUCUGCAGCCAAGGAAAGCACCAAGAAGGGCUCCCCGAAGAAGAAAAGUCCUGCGACUAAAAAAGCCCCCAAGUCAACUCCCAGGAAGUCCGCUCCAAAGAAGAAGGUCAGCCCGGUGAAGAAGGUGGCUAGUAAGAAGUCCGCUCCCAUGAGAGUCGCGGCCAAGUCUCUGGGCAAGAAAGCAGCAGGCAAGAAGUCCAAGAAGUAAAUGUGAAGUUCGUCAUCCUGUUUCAACCUAAAAGGCUCUUUUAAGAGCCGCCACUGCUUCUAGGAGCUUCGUUAACUCACAA